AACACAGAAUCUCCUCACAGUCACUCAGCUGAACUCACAUCUCCUGUCAACAUGUCCUACAGCUGCUGCUCUGGAACCUUCUCCUCUCGCUCCCUUGGAGGCUACCUGCGCUACCCAGGAUCCUCCUGUGGCUCUUACCCCAGCAACCUGGUCUACCGCACUGACCUCUGCUCUCCCAGCACCUGCCAGUUGGGCUCCUCCCCCUCCAGUGGCUGUCAGGAGACCUGCUAUGAGCCCACCAGAUGCCAGAUAUCCUGCAUGGUGUCCAGACCUUGCCAGACGUUCUGCUACCGCCCAAGGACCUCCACGCUCCGUAGUCCCUGCUGGACUGCUUACCCCGGGUCUGUGGGCAUUGGGUCUAGCAGCUACCAUUCCCUGGGCUAUGGAUCCAGAAGCUGCUACUCACUGGGUUGUGGAUCCCAGGGCUUCAGACCCCUGGGUUUUAGAAUCUGUGGCUUCCCUUCUCUGGGCUAUGGAUCCAGAUUCUGCCACCCAACCUACUUCACCUCUAGGAGCUACCAGUCAUUGUGUUACAGGCCACCCUGUGGAUCUGACUUUUAUAGAGCAACUUUUUGA